GUCGAGUAAGCUUGGGUGGUGGAGGACAAGAGUGAGCAGGCAUGUAGGUCAGAGGUUGGGUGACCUUGUGGGCCAUUCCCACAAAACACUAGAGAGCUCAGAUACUGGUCCUUCUACCACCUAUGCACAGGAUGUACGGUAAUGGGAUUCAGCCAUUCCCAUUCCUAUUCCUCCCCCAGAACCCCAUGAGGCUCCUGGCUUUCCUGAGUCUGCUGGCCCUGGUGCUGCAUGAGGCAGGAACAGCUUCCCUCCCAGGGGAGAGGAAAAGAGAGGAGCAGAGCCCCACGGAAGGUGACACUUACCCAUUUCUACAUAUGGGAAACUAUGCCCUGAACCUAGAGGACUACAGCGAAGUCAUUGACCUGAGCAGCUAUGAGGAACCUGCCGACUAUGGGGACCAGAUCUCUGAGGCUAAAGUGGACAGAGUGACUCUUCCAACAAGAACUAGCUCCUCCCAGAGCAUCAUGGCUCCAAAGAUAUCAUCAUCAAACCUCACAAUGACCGGGCCUACCACCAGUGACCUACUGAACUCCCAGAGCAGUCAUGGCCUGCCUACCUGCCUGGUCUGUGUGUGCCUUGGCUCUUCCGUGUACUGUGAUGAUGCAGACCUGGAGAACAUACCCCCACUUCCCCGGAUGACCACCUACCUGUACGCUCGCUUCAACCACAUCAGCCACAUCCAGGCCAGAGACUUCAAAGGGCUGACAAAACUGAAGAGGAUUGACCUCUCCAGCAACUCCAUCUCCUCCAUCCACAACGAUGCCUUCUGCCUGCUGCCUGCCCUGCAGGAUCUGAUCCUCCCAGAGAACCAGCUGGCAGCUCUUCCUGUGCUGCCCAGUGGCAUUGAGUUCCUGGAUGUCCGACUGAAUCGGCUGCAGAGCUCGGGGAUACAGCCAGAGGCCUUUGUGGCACUGGAGAAGCUUCAGUUUCUCUACCUGGCAGACAACCUGCUGGACUCCAUCCCUGGGCCUUUGCCCCUGAGCCUGCGUUCCCUGCACCUGCAGAACAACAUGAUCAAGACCAUGGAAAGAGACACCUUCUGUGACACCAGGGAACACAGACAUGAGCACCGGCGGCAGCUAGAAGACAUCCGCUUGGACGGGAACCCAAUCAACCUGAGCCUUUUCCCAGAGGCCUAUUUCUGCCUGCCUAGGCUUCCUGUGGGCCGAUUCACCUAGCUGCCAACCGCCCUCUCUUUCCAGGUUCUCCUGUUACAUUUGGAGAGAACCAUCCUAGAGGAGGGAAACCUGGCCUAGCUUCUCACCUGCAAGCCCUCUGGCUGGGGUUAACCUCUUCCCUGACUCUGCCUCAGCCUCCUCAGCCUCCUGGUUUCUGAACACAGAUUUCCAUCCUUUCCAGUCGCUCCUGCAUGUGUAGCCAGCAGAGGGCAGCCUUGUGCAAAGAUAAAUAAAUAAA